UCCUCAGACUUGCCUCCCAAGGGCUGGGAUUAAAGGCGUGUGCCACUACUGCCCAGCACGGGGUGUCCCAUCCUAAAGAGAGCCUCUACUCUUUCAGUGAGAUGGGACUCUCUAAGUCUGGUUAGAAAAUCCUCAGCCUUGCCUCCCUGGUAGCUAGGAUAAGCAGGCACCCCAGCGCCCAUACUUUCACGAUUCAAUCAGUACCUAUAUUGGAAAGGAGCACUCUUUUCCACGGAUAUUUGCAGAGCACCUGCGUGCCAGGCAGUAAGGGGAUACGCAGUCCUCUUCCUGCCUAAGUGAACUCUGUGGGAAUGCAAUCGAUUCUACCUGGGCUGAGAUCAGUGGGGUUUCGCAGGGCCUCAGUUUUUCCCUUUGUAAACGUGGGUUGCAGAGAGGGCUGAAGGACAAAAUGAAUGGACUCUGUCCACCCUAGCGGCAGCACUCUGUAAGCCCCUUUCCGGGUACCUAGAGGAGGAGAUGGGGAGAGGUCAGCUUCCUCCUGGGAAGGAGGGGUGAAUACAAGGGUAUCUCCCAGGCUGAUAGGAAAUCUCUAUUCUCUGAUCAGCAGCUACUGCUGCUUUCUCCUCCCCCUCCCCUUAUUUCUGCCUCCUUCCCUCUCUCUUUCUCUAACUGAUCCUGUCUUCCUGCCUCCGACUGACAAGUGCUGAGAUUACAGGUGUAAAUCACUACUCGUUUCUUCUUUCCUACACCUCCCUCCCUUUUCAGAUGAGGCCUUAUCUGUAGCCCAGGUAGUCAGGCCUCGCUCGAACUUUGACAAUCCUCCUGCCUCACCUCCGUGGGUACUUGGGAUUCCAAGCCUGGGAGCCACCAUGCCCAACUUUCUGAACCUCUGUUUUGUGGGCAUCCUAAACAUCCCUAACCCACAGGUUGGCAGAGCCCAGCCCCAGUCAGGUGACCCUGGAGCAGCCGAUGAACUUGUGGGGAAAGUGGAGGUGCGGGCGGAACCCAGGCGCUCGGGACUCGAUGCCCACCCGGACCUCUGCGGAGGUUGCGCGGGCGGAACCUAGACAGUCGGGGCUCAGCGCCUGCCGGGACCAGGGUGGCGGCGGCACGGGCAUAGGAACAGCGCCUGCAGGGACAGGCCUCGAGCCUGGGCCAUGCAGAGCCCACUGACCAUUCCCGUGCCAGUGCCAGUGCUGCGCCUCCCUCGGGGCCCCGAUGGCUUCAGCCGAGGCUUUGCCCCUGAUGGACGUAGGACCAUCCUGAGACGAGAAGUCGGAGAAAGUUGUAUUGAGUAUCCCCCAGAGUCACAGGACCAGCGGGCCCGCGCCGCUCUUCGGGAGCGCUACCUCCGCAGCCUCCUAGCCAUGGUGGGGCACCCUGUGAGCUUCACGCUGCAUGAAGGUGUGCAGGUGACUGCCCAGUUUGGAGCCACAGACCUAGAUGUAGCCAACUUCUACGUUUCUCAGCUGCAGACUCCCAUAGGCGUGCAGGCCGAGGCUCUGCUUCGAUGUAGUGAUAUCAUUUCCUAUUCCUUCAGGCUGUAAAGACCGUCUGCUGUUUUCCUUGUGGGCACUGCCACAGUAGCCCAGGCCUCUGGCUAUUCCUGGGCCAUAGAGUUCUCAGCACCUUCCUGGACUUUCAAAGCAAACUCCAACAAACCUUAGCUUUGAACUCAGAGGAACUCCAAACCAGAUACCAUCUAGUGCUGGAUGCGAUAACCCUGGCUCUUAAGAUGCUGAAGUGGGAAGAUCAUAAAUUCAAGGCCAGGCUGUGCCACAGGGGAGACUGCAACCACAGGGAUUCUAGAUCUCUCUUGUUGAAAGGAAUGUUCUGCCUCACACAACUCAACUUUACAGAAAUAAAUUCCUGAGGCUAGUCCUUGCAGGCUGA